AUGUCUACGCUCUCGUCUCCACGUCCCUCCAUUGCUUCCUCACGAGCCCACUCCCCGGGCCCAGCCUCCUCCCGCCCCUCACUCGAUGCCGUGAACACCGGCGUCAGCGGCGGUCUCAGCGCCGCAUCGACCCCAUCCACCGCACGCGCGCUCUCCCCCUCGGUUCACCCUCGACGGAAUCGCAACGCCCUACGCGACUACUACAAUCUCAAACCACCCGGCUUAGAUUCAUCAGCGCCUCGAGACACAUCCCGCUCCCGCAGCGUGCCGCGGAGCACAGACGCAGGGGAUAUCUCCGACCGGUCCGCUCUGCCGUCAGGGACGGAGCUCGACAGUGCAGAUUUCGAUCCCCAGCGGUACGUGGAUCAUUUACUGUCUACAUCAUCGCUGGCUACGGUGCUUAAGGCGGAGAACACGUUGGUUGGCGAUAUCCGCACUCUGGAUGGCGAGCGGAAAGCGCUUGUCUACGAUAAUUACUCGAAGCUGAUUCGGGCUGUGGAGACGAUUGGGAAAAUGCGCCGCAGUAUGGAUGAACGUGGAGCUCCGUUGACGAUGACGAAAACGCUUGGUCCGGCUAUUGCUUUUGUUGCUGAGACUGCUGGUGGACUCAUUAAGGAAGGCGAGGAGCAACGCAAGCGAAUGAAGGAUGCGAAGCAAGGGGAUCGGGAGUCGAGUUUGAAGAAUGAGAAGGAUACUGUUCGUUGGGUGCUUGCUGCGCCGCAGAGAUUGGAGAAGCUUUUGGCGGAGGAUAAGCAGGAGGAUGCGGAGAAGGAUUGGAAGGAGAUUCAGCAUUUGCUUGACGCUUGGGGGGAGGUCAAGGGGGUCCCUGAGAUCCGGGAGGCUUGUGAGAAAGUCAUGACCAAGGCUGGCCACGAUGAUUGA